AUGGCUUUGACCAAAGCUUGGGUAACAUUAUCGCUUCUGAUGGUGGUGGCAUCGCUUGAAGCUCCAGAUGGCGACUUCUCAUUCUCCAGGCUGAAGCGUCAAGCCGGUCCAUUGAACCGGGCGUGGGAAGAGGCCUUGCCUGGAGUUCAGCCAUUUUGGGAGAAAUACUCAACAGGUCCAUAUGGUAUUGUCAUCAGAGGAUGGCAGUUCAGCAGAUGUGCUAAUGAACAGGUAUGACAUUGUUUUAUGUAUUUUGUUAAAAUUUUUUAAAAAUUUUUGGUUUUGUAUUUUAAGAAUGAAGUUUUUGGAGUUGUAAAGGGCUAGAAUAACAUCAGCUUUAGUUAUAUAUGGCCCUUAGAUACCGUUAACAUCAAAAAGUCUUAAAAAAUCGUAAAUUCUUUCUUUAAAGUAAUAUAUAGUACUAAAAUACCAAAUUUCAGUGGACCAAUUACGUAGUGAACGUAUCGAACAUUGUCAUCUGGCCAGACUACCCACGUUUCCCAGGACCAAUCUUCUUCAAUGUUACCAUGGAUGUAAACGAAGAGUUACCGACCGAGAAGAUCGAAAUGGACUUGGAAGUACGUCACGCUGUAACUGGCAAACAAGGUAGCAAAGCUUGGCAGGUCAUUCCUUGCCAAGGAUGGAACAUUCUCGAUGGUUGUGAUGGUGUUGGAUCUUGGUAGGUUCUUGAAUUUUUGAAAUUUCAAAAAUUUAAUUUUUGUAUAGCUAAAAAUGGCCAAAAAACGCAUUCUUUACAAAAACUAAAUACCAAAAAGCAUUUUUUAGCUCAAAAAUUAAUAUAAAUACCAACUUUCAGCCGUUACUGUGAUAUGUUGGACAAAUGUCAAGAUACCGUGAAGUCAGCCCACAAAUAUGUUAAUGACCGUAAAGCUGAAGACUUUCUACGCAAGAACAAGUUGUGUCCACCACCAAAGGGUCACUGGACUAUGACCUUCUCCAAGAUCUUCACCAUCGACGAUUUGCCAAAGAGUUUCUUCGGACCUCUUCAGUCGGUAAGCUUUAUGUUGUAGUAGGUGUUUACUGGGCUGUAAGAGGUGGCUUUAGUAAUAUAAUAGUAUUCUACAGCAUUUUAAUAAGGUUUUCUUUUAUUUAUAAGCUUUUUAUUCGAGAACUGGCUAAAUUUGGGUAAAAACAAAGGUUUUUCUGCGAUUUUGGUUAUAUUAUCCAUGGUUUUUUGCCUUUUUUAUGUCUAAAAUGGACAAAAACAAGAAAAUAAUGAAAAAUAUUGAUAAUAAAAUCUUGCUUCUACUAAGACAAUCAUUUUUAAAAGAAUAACAACCUUCCACACCCUCUAAAACACUCUCUUUCAGAACGAAUACUGGCUGACCUUCUCCUUCACCGACGGCAAAGACAAAAAGCUUGGUUGUGCUCGUCUCUGGGUGGAUGUCUGCAAGUACCAUCUCCAAGACAAAGCCCAGAAAUGUCUUCGUGAUGCGAAUGCCUUCAAGAACUUUAUCAACGAAAUCAGCUCUCAAGCCGAACAAAUCCGAAACAGAGGCUAA